GUCGUCCGCGAACGGAUGAAAUGACGAAUUCAACAAGCAGUCUAUGUUGGCAGGUUACUCAAAAUUUCUCUAUGCUUUUGAUGUUGUGUAAAUGAUAAAAAUAUAUUUUUCACAAUUAGGUAUUUACAAUAAUAUAGCUUUAAAAAUAGGAUAAGUUCAAGUGAACAACCAGAAUCAUGGCUCCGCAAAAAGGAAAAGCUCCCACAAAAGGAGCUAAACAAAUCUUACUGGAGAACUCGGUGACUCUUAAUUUUUAUCGCAACAUGUCACUGGUAGCCAUUGCUGCUUAUGGAGUAGUCACUACCUGCCUUUAUUUAGAAGACUUGACUACUGGAGUUAUUGUCAUGAAUAUACUGGUAUUGUUAAUUUAUGGUGGUUGUUAUCAAAUGAUGAAAUAUAUUAGCCGGCCAACAUACACUGACACUCAGCUCCUGGAUCCAGGUUUGGACCUGAACAUGGAAGGUGGGAUGGGCGAGCACGUUAAGGACAUAGUGAUACUCUCGUCGUUGACUCAUGUUCUCAGCAUUUUGUCCAACUAUUUCUGGUUCUUGCUGUUACUCGUACCCCUGAGGGCAUUCUGGCUGCUGUGGAAGAAUGUGCUUGGACCAUGGUUCUUCCAAGAAGCUCCUGAAGACACUGAACAAGAUGAAAAGAAGAAGAAGAAGAUGGAGAGGAAAAUGAAAAGGUAUCAACAGUAGCACCGCCUAAACGCUUCUGCACGUGACGCUAUCGCCGCUCUGCCCUCACCUCGUCACUUGUUCACUAAGGGCUGAAUGUUAAUGAUACUUAAGGAUCAAUUUCUGUCAAUAAUGUCAGUAAUUUUUGGUAAUAACGAUUCAACUGAUAAAUGGAUGAUAUUUGAACUUUUGUCCAAGUCAUACUCCUUCAUUAAAGAAUAUAUUAUGAAUAGUCGAACGUUGCAAGCAUCUUAAACAAUCUAUUGGCUUAAUCAGUCCCUGUUGUUUAAUGUUGUCAAUAAAUACCAUUAAAUUGUUCCAUGUAGGAAACUAAAACAAGAUAAAAUAAUUAAGUUCUAAAUUGAUCCUUAAGUCUAUAUGCGGAGUCGGCGCCGUUGUGUGGAGCCCUUGAAUGGUAGGUAUCAAGAAACCGUAUAAAUGUUGAGUUAUUUAACAGAUCACAUUGUUAAUUAGUGUAGAAAUGUUUAUAGCUGACAAUAGUUUACCGUUAUUUAUAUAUUCAGUUAUAUAAUAUUCAAACACAAGUUAUGACAUAGAUAUAUUGCUAUAAAUAUAUUAUAACUUCUAUAAAGGGAUAUGUAUUUUAAUAGACCAAAUAUUUAUAUUUUUGCUAUAUAAUACAAUGCCAGUACAGUACAAUAUAUAUUUACUGACUAUUUGUGUGUGCACCACUUUAUACCAGUGUUGUGCACAAGUUGUAACAUAACAUGAGUUGAUGAUAAAUAAUAUUGACUGUCUUUUUAAAUGUCUAUAAAUAAUUAUACAUAUUGUUGAUGUAAUUAACCGCCCCAUUAUUUAUUGACGGUAACUGCCAUUUAUUAGUCUACAACACUAUUUUAUAUAUUGUUAAUUGUAACAGACAACAAUUUUUGUACUUUUGCAGAUAUUUAUAUUGGUCGUGCACAGCUAGAAUAUUAUUUAUAUAUACAUAUACAUUUUUAAUGUAACACAGUUUUCUGUGAUGCAAUAAAUACAUAUUAUUCAAAUCAAUAUACUAAAGGAAAGAUAUACGCAAUAGCUAAAUGUAACAUACAUAUAUAACUGUGUUCGAUAGUUAAAUAGUUGAAAGUUACUAUACCCAGCCAUCUCCUGUUGUGGGUGCAAGUUUUUGUACAACCAAGUUAAGUUUUUACACCUUACAUUAACUUCUGAAAUCAUAUUUCGUAUAUAAAAUGUCUAUUUUAAUGAACUCCUGGUGUCGGCAUUCAGUUAUGUACUUGUUAUACUUGCUCAGACUCGCAGUAUCAAUUAAUUUGUUAUAGUUCAAUUCAUGUACUUCUCACUCUAGUUAAAUGUUAAUAUUAAUAUUUUGUAAACUUAUCAGGGCAGAGUAUAUUAAAAUAAUAGUCAAUUGUUCACAUUUCAAAUCUGUUAGAAUUAUUAUCUGGUAACUGAAUUAGGUAACUUUAGUCCAAUAGAUUGUGUUUGUAAGUAAUUGUUUUGGUGCCUUUGAUCAGUUUAUGAAAUUAGAUCUAUUUUGGUAAUAUGUUACAGUAGGUACAAUAACCAUAUAGUAUAGAAUUAGUAUACCUUUGUUUAUAAUAGGGAUGAUGACUAAAAUAUUGUCUAUACAUCAGAUAGGAUAUAAACAUCUUAGACAUGUAUUUUUUCACGUUAUCAAGAAAUGUUUGCAAUACAUUCAAUCGAAAUAUGAUCACGUUCUGCCUCUGUACAUUGGGUACUUGGGUACGGCGUAGUUUGCACUGCCACUACCUAACCAUAAUGCGCUUUAUUUAAUUAAGUAGUUAAUAAUCAAGUCAAUCAUCCGAAAAAUACGUGUCUAACGCCAUCCACAUUGAACUGUCUGAUGGAGACCUUGGAUAGUAAAUAAAAUGUGUUUAUAUGGUCCCCUGGUCGUCAUCCCUGUUGCUGUGGUUACUUGUUAGUGAUGUAAUUCUAUAAAGCAAUACGUGAAAUAUCGAAACUUGGUUAACAGAGUUAAAUUAUACACAAGCAUGGUACUUACUAAAGUAAAGAUUAGUAUAUUAAUAAGACUUAUCACCUUAUAACUGUACCUAUAUGACAGUGAAUAGAAUUGUAAUUAGAUUUCUGUUAAAAUCAUGUUGAUAUGUAGAACUGCUAGAGGAAACAACGUUGUUUAUUUUGUACAGUCGACAAUGUUUGGUUGACCAUUUUAUAACGGAAUAAAUUGUUAUUUUUAUUAUACCAGAUAAUAAAUAUAUACUUAUCUAACUGUACUUACAGACAAAACUAUCAUACAGUGCCUGUUCCGGCACAUAAUAAUAUGUUAUUGCAAAAGACAGGUGGUAAGUGGUCAAACACACAUUGUUGGAUGUACGUAAUGGUUCGUCUUAGUCUGAUUUAGUAAACAAUGAAGUUAUAAAAUAAUUACGCUUUACGAUCAGAACUAUGUGCUAAGUCACGUUAGUUAGCGGGCUUCAGCGAUGUUGCAAGAUACCUUAAGUAGAUCAGCAAAAUAUAGACAAGUGAAGUGUUAAUGUAUUGAUAAAUCCGGUACAAAUAUGUCACCGAAUCCAAAGUUCUAAUAUUGAUGCCUAAAUUGUCUAUGUAACAAAAAAAACGUAUAAAAAUAAUUAUAAUAAAGUUGAUUGGCAGCUUUGGACAUAAAACAAGUCCGGGGAUAAACUUUGGUACAUGAUUUUGGUUUUUUCACUAGCGAUGUAAGAAGUUGAAAAGAGUGUUAUAAAAUUCGAAAAAUGGUUAUGAACUCAGGAUCAAUUAUGAAUGAAAAAUGAACGAUAAAUGAUCUAAUAAGGUUAAAUUCUCAUCCAUAGUCCAGCUGGUAUAUAGCGCAAUGCGCGGUGACAAGACUAGAUGUACUAAUCCACGCACAUAUGACAUAAUAUUUACACAAGUGGAGGCAAGUCCUCGGACUCCACACUCGUUCAAAUCUACUGGUGCCUUAGAGUGUUUCACAAAUCUUCCAAACAUAUAACAAAAAUAGUGUAAUAAGUAGAUAGUAAACCAGAGACACAUCAAUGCUUAGAAAACCAAAAAAAUCAUUGAGUUUUAUUUUAAUUACGUUCCUAGAUAAUAUCUGCCUUUACUGUUUUGAACUUCCACUUUUGGCCUACAUUUUCUAGCCUCUAUUCACCUUUACUAGUAGUACCUAAGUACUUACCUGUAUUUCAUAUAGGAAGGGUACGGUGAUCGAUUGAACAUCUAAAUAUAAAAAUAAUAAAUCGAUUGUGCAAGAAAGUAUUGCGCAAAUCUAUUUAAACCACAACUAAAAUAUAAAGGUACAUUAUACAACUAAUUAUUUAAUUUUAUAGAAUUUUUUGUGUGUUACCAAGACCUAUCAUGUUGACAAAGUUGCUAUAAGUAUCUACAAUUAUAUCUUUACAAAGAAGAAUGUUUUAAGACGUAAUAUUUUUUUUACAAAUCAAUUGUAAUCGAUUAGAUUUAUUAUUAACAAUAAAUCGAUUAUUCCGAUAUUGUGGCAAGCUCUACUAAAAUAACAUCAACCAUUAUAAUUAUGUGAGAACAACAAUGACUCCCUUGUGCAAGUUGGCUCUCUCUAAUAUAUUUUCUUAUUUGCUUUUUGGACUAGGAUUCUUUAUCAACGAUAACUGUUGUUAGCUUAGUAUUUAUAGUACUAUAAUUUCAUUAAGCAGGUUCCGUUAAAAUUGGUUCAAUAUCUUCCACGAAUCUUGACUUGAAAACUUGUAUUUAAACAGCAAAUACGAUAUAUGUCAAGGUCUAUAUUAUGGUAUUAACUAAAGCCUUAAUAAUGUUCAGAAACAUUUUGCGGAGAGAAAUCAGAUCAGCAUUGUACUACAGUCCAUCGGAAUGCUGGUGAUAUUGGUGAUCUUUCAUCAUCAAUUGUACAGUCGCCAAUAUGUCAACCUACUUCAAAUUAUCGGUUGGAUUUUCAGUCAAAAUCAUAAAGUUAAAAAUCUAUUACAGAACCUGGGGUAUGUUGACAUGCUGAGGGCUGUAAAUUAUUGUCUACUGGACUACUGGACUUCUGGGUCAGGGAAUUUAGUAUCUAUACAGACGGCUUUGCCUAUCUCUGUUCCAACGUCUAAAUGGAAAGUUUUAGUCUAAAUGAGAGACUGACCAUACCAUAGUACCUUGCAAUGACGCUAUAGCGUAAAAUUUAUGGCAUCGUAAGUCACCGUGCCCUUCCUGCGGGAAACAAACUGACAUAAUUAUAAUAAAUUUUCAAAUAUUUUUCUUCCUCUAAUUACCUUCCAUACACCUAUAAGAAUCUUAACAUAGGACAAAUUAUGAACGUUGCCUUAGAGUUUUUUACUUAUAAAAUAUACUUAUGCGCAAUAAUUAAAAGAAGUUAUAAAUAAAGCAAUGUAAAUUAUGUAUAACCAUUGUUAAUUUAAAUGAAUCGAUUUUGUUAACUAUUGUCAUAAACUACGGUUUUAAUUAUAUUUAAUAAAUUAUCAA